AUGGACUUCUUCAGAUCACUCAAAAAGCGUAAAAUCAACCCAGCAAGUCCACAACAACCAACAACAACAACGGACAACACCAGUGAAGAACCUUCACAACAACACGAACCUACCGGAGGUUUCUUCUACAAUCUCUUCUUUGGCAACUCUUCGAAUAAUAAUUAUUCGAAACCUACCAAUAAGAAACGUGUCAAUCACGAUGAAGAAGAACAAUACGAAAGCGAUGAUGAUUACGAGGAACAGGAAAACCAAGGAAAUUCUCGUGUACUUCAUCGAUCCACUCAACCAAAGAAGAGAAUUCAUUCGAAAUAUCCAGAAAUUAAGAAACAUCGAGACGAAAUUCAGAAAAUGAAGAAUUCGAUACAAUCACUCACUGAUAAACAUGUGGAAGGGGUUUCUGCAGCUCAUGUGAACAUGUCCAUGCUUACCAAUACUGCUCUCACACCAAGAAAGAUUUCAGACGAAAGUGAAGAACAUUCGAAAGGUUAUCCUAAAACUCCAAACACACCAGCUUCAGCCAGAAAGAAGAAAUCUCUCCUCAGUUCGAUAUUCUCCUUCAGUUCUGCAGCUAAUUCUGAUUCUCCACCACCUUUGCCUUCAACACCAAGCUCAGCAACAACUCCACAAGUUUCGAAUUCCAUGAUUAAUGUGAAAAUAACCGAAUUGAAACAAGACGAUUUGCAGAGAAUUAAGAAUUCAUAUCGUUCUCCACUCUACACUCGAACUCCACCAAGAAGGGAAAUGCAAAAUCAUGCCACAACUUUGGACGAAACUUUAGCCAAGAGAAAGAGUGUUGGUUAUGGAAAUCAACAAAUUGUUUCUCAAAUUAAUAAUCAAACAAGUGAAAUGCCACCUGCUGGAUGUAGAAAUAGUUUCGAUUGUGAAAGUUCAGUUUCUGUUCAAACAAGAAAGAGCCAAGGCGGACAAUUCCAAACUAAUCUUGCAAGAGAAGCUUCCAGUUCGUCUGGUUUCUCCAACUUUAGUGAUUCUUCGAAUAGUUUCAAUACCAUGAGUAGCAUCUCUCAAACACCUCAAGUUCCUAGUUUCCAAUAUUUAACUCAACCAACCAGACCUUUCGUAUUUAAUUUAAAUUUAUUGAAAGGUCAAUCGAUUAAGAAUUCUGGAAAUGGUUUUAAAGAAAAUUCCAAUGUUUAUGCUGUGAUCGAAGUUGGAAAUUACAGAAAAACCUCACGAGUUGUGAUGAAUAGUUCAAAUCCAGUGUGGAAUCAACAAUUUCAGUUUAUUCUGCCAACUUUCUAUCAUCCUUUCGUCCAAGAUUUGAAGGAAAUGCAUGAUGCCAAUACUGAACCAAUUAAUAAUGUGGUAACGAUUCGAUUGUAUGAUCAUGAUGAAAUUUUCGAACAUGAAUUCCUUGGAAAGGUUGAGUUUAAACUGGACGAAUUGUUUGUGCAAUGUUGUCAAGAUUCGGGUAAAGUUCAUGAAAAAACAGGUCAAUUGAUAAUGAAGAGAUCGAAAACCUUCAAGCAAAUGAUGAAUUUAUUUGGAGUUGAAACUGGUCAAUUGGAAAUUCAAUUUCGUGUAGAGUAUCAUCCAAGAAAGGAAGAAGUUUCUUCUCAUGUUUCGAAUGGUGUUGCUUCAUCAUCUGCUAACAAAUCAAAUGUUGUUUAUUGCUUCUUUUAA